GUCGUCGUGGUUGGAGGAUUCGUCUGCUGAGGCUGCAGGCUGGGAUCCUCUCUCCACAGUCAUGUCCCAGUCCUGGUCUGAAGGCUGAGGUAGACUGGCCAUGAGUUCCUGAACACAACAGCAGACUUCAGAUUUAUCCACCGCCGUGUCAUUCCAGAUGUGACUGACAAGUCGUUUUAUGUCGCCCGCAUUGAGUCCUGUGCCGUUCAUCUCGGAGAGACUGUGACACCAUGGCUUUGGUUAUGGAACCUAUAAGUAAAUGGACACCAAAGCAAGUGCUGGACUGGAUGAAAGGUCUGGAUGACUGUCUCCAGCAGUAUGUGAAGAGUUUCGAGCGAGAGCAGAUGGGGGGAGAGCAGCUGCUGCACAUCACCCAUCAGGAGCUUGAGGAGCUGGGGGUCACCAGAAUAGGACAUCAGGAGCUCAUCCUAGAAGCCGUCGACCUCCUCUGUGCCCUGAACUACGGCCUAGAGACAGAGAACCUCCGGACUCUGUCCCACAAGCUGAACGCUUCAGCGAAGAACCUCCAGAACUUCAUCCUGGGUCGGCGGAGGGGCGGACACUACGAUGGACGAGCUUCCAGGAGGCUACCCAACGAUUUCCUCACCUCGGUGGUGGAUCUGAUUGGUGCUGCCAAAAACCUGCUGGCCUGGCUCGACAGGUCUCCGUUUGCCAGUGUGACGGAGUAUUCAUUACUGAAGAACAACAUCGUGCAGCUCUGCCUAGAAUUAACUACCAUUGUACAACAGGAUUGCACUGUGUAUGAGACAGAGAACAAGAUUCUCCACGUGUGUAAGACCUUAGCAGGGAUAUGCGACCACAUCAUCUCUCUGUCGUCGGACUCUCUGGUCUCACAGUCUGCCCAUCUGGAGGUGGUCCACCUUACCAGCAUCAUGCCCAGUGAAGGGCUGGGGAUGUAUAUCAAAUCGACGUAUGAUGGACUCCACGUUAUCACCGGCACCACAGAGAAUUCUCCAGCAGACCAGUGUAAGAAGAUCCAUGCAGGGGAUGAGGUGAUCCAAGUCAACCACCAGACAGUGGUGGGCUGGCAGCUGAAGAACCUGGUCAACGCUCUGAGAGAGGACCCGUGCGGAGUCAUCCUCACGUUGAAGAAAAGGCCCCAGAACACCCUGAGCUCCACACCGGCUCUGCUCAGGAACGUCCGCUGGAAACCGCUGGGCCUGCAGCCGGUCCCCACCAGCCCCACCAGCACCUCCCCGACACCCGGUGGAACUUUGGGCAUGUCCAAAAUGGACGCUCCGAGCAUGCAGGACGUCUAUAUCCUCUCUCCCGUCUCUGGACUCUACAGCACCAGGGAGGAGAUGGGUCUGAUGUCAUGCGACGACAUCAGCCGCUACAGCGUGAGCUCCCAGUCCGGCUCUAAAGGUUCAGAGGCAGUCAGCUACUACCUGGAUCAGGACAGCGGUCAGUUCUUCUCCCUUUUGGAGGGAGAUGGACCCCCAGGGCCCGACUACGACAGGGGUCGCAACACGGGGGUUCGCCGGCGGGAUAAGACCCCCACCCAUGGUGACCUCAGGCCUGUUUCCAUGCCUCCCGAAUAUAACUGGAUGGCCGAGGCCAAGGAACCCAGCAUGGGAAAGAGAGGGAGCCGAGAUUCAGACAACUCCCUGCUGCGUUACCUUAGCGACGACAAGAUCCUGGUGAUCGAGGAGGAGCCCGAGGGUCUGGGUAGGGAGAGUCGGCGGGAUUCCACCAGACGCUCCCGGCGCAAGAGCCGCAAUCCCAGCAGCCCUAGCUUUCCCAUCAGCCCCUCCAUGCUGUCCUCCACCCUGCGCCUAGACCAGCCACCUGAUGCUUUGCCUCGAGGUGCGGACACACUGCGGGCAGACACAACAGACAGGUACUCUGGUUCAGGAAGCUCAGGAGCGGCCUCCAUGAGGAAGUCUUUACACCAUUACACCUCUCUAAGAACGAAAACCAAAAAGCGAAGUAAAGGUUCCCUCACUAGUGCCAGUCGAAGGAGAAUUUCCUGUAAGGACCUGGGCCACGGUGACUGUGAGGGCUGGCUGUGGAAGAAGAAAGAUGCUAAAGGCUACUUCACCCAGAAAUGGAGGAAGUACUGGUUUAUCCUCAAAGAGUCCUGCCUCUACUGGUACACCAACCAAAACGAUGAGAAGGCUGAGGGCUUCAUCAGCCUCCCAGAGUUCAGAAUAGACCGAGCCAUAGAGUGCAGACGGAAAUUCGCCUUCAAAGCCUGCCAUCCCAAAAUCAAGAGCUUCUUCUUCGCCACAGAUUGUCUUGAGGAAAUGAACAGGUGGAUGAACCGUCUGGGGCUUGCUGCCAUUGGCUACACACCAGAUGACAAGGUGCCACGCCCGGAUGAAGACUACUGGAGCGAGAGUGAUCAGGACGAGGUCGACGGCUCAAUGACGCUCAAACAGGAGGGACCUUCAUCUCUGUGUGAUACUUAUCACCGCACACCAUCAGUCAACUCCUCAAGCCCCUUCCCAGAGCCUAAGCACGGGCGACAUUUCUCCAGUGAGUCCACGCACUCCCACUCCUCGGCCGAGGACCAGCGUGGAGACAGCAUGGGCAUGGGCACAGGCACAGGCAGCACCAGUACCCACUCAUCAGGCUGCCGCUCCUCUCAUCGUGAGCGCCGCUCCUGGCAGGACCUCAUUGAGACCCCUCUGACCAGCGCAGGGCUGCACUUCUUGCAGACAGCGCCAGGGGAGAGUGAUUACGGAGGCCUAAUGGGGAGCAUGGCUGGAGAGAUGGGUCUGUACGGAGGUCUGGGCAGACAGGGCAUGUCCCCAGAGAGACGCAGGCAGGCUACGCUGCCUGUACGGAGACACCACGCCGCGGAGAGGGACAGGGAGCGGGACGGGCCCUUUCCCCUGGAGCGAGGUCCAUACUCGCACAGCCACACACACCGACGCUCUCAUAAGCAGCGCAGCCAGAGUCUGCCCAGGAACAGGGACCCGAUGCCAGGAAAGCUGUUACACACCUCAGCUCAUAUGGAGGAGAGGAGUGAGGAUGAGGAGGAUGAGGGGCAGGCUGCAGAUAUGCUCCAGGGUGAGGAGGUGGAUCUGACUCUUACCGGUCCUCUCCUGGGUGUCUCAGACCUGCGGGAGUUGAGAGUUGACAGCAGAGAGAGGAGGGUGUCAGAGGGAAGGGAGCGGCGGGUGUCGGAGGGCCGCGAGCCGGAGCCUUUGGAUGGGCUAGAGCAGCUGUACCGGGCCCUGGAGCAGGCCAACGUGACGGCCCUAGGAGACCCAAAACCCUGUAGCAGGCAGGAGCUUCGACGUUGUUUCACCCAGAGAGCCAGGGACCCUCUGCUCAACGACAGGCUGCACCGGGUCCGAGCCCUUCGCAGCACCUUGAAGGCCAAAGAGUCCGAGCUGGCAGUAAUCUGUGCUCUCCUGGAGGACCCUGGCCUGUGCUCCCAGACCUUCAGAGAGUGGAAGCAGUGGCACAGCGAGCUCUACUCAGACAUCUGCCAGCUCAGUCCGGGCACCAACGGUCAGGACGACCUCUCCCCGCUGGGCGCACCUCUCAUGACCCACACACACUCCUUCAUUGAGACACACGUGUGAGAAAGAGAAGAGAAGCAAAGACUGAACUGAUACACACACACACACACACGGAGCUUUACAUUAGCUGAAUCCUGACUCUGAGCACGCACACACACACACACACACACACACACACACACACACACACACACACACACACAGGAACACACAUUGUAAGAUGUGUAAAUAUCAUAGAGGGAACAGUCUGAGACCUGCGUGUAUGAACUUUUGAUAAUCCUGAGGACCCCACAGGGUGCCUAUUGCAUGCUUGAACAGAAAGCAUUAAUCUUCCUUUGUCUAUGGAACUCAGCAUAAACUCCACACGCUUGUCAAGCAAAAUGGAAGAAAAAAAAGGAGACUUUUUAACAUGUUCGUUUCUUUGUAUUCUAUUUUUUUGCUAUUUUUUUCCUGUUGAUUUUAAGGGGGCAGGGGGAGCUAUGUAGCAGCAAUACAGAGGAGAAUCCUUUUCACCACAGCACUGUACUACUUUUGUACUGAUGAACUUUGCACCCAGAGCCACCAGUUCUCCCCCUUUCUCUCUCUGUCUUGUUUUUUCUUUUUUUUUUUCUUUUCUCUCACUGCAUAUCUCGUUGAUUUACAGGGACCUCACUUGUUUAUUCCAAGCUGAUCUCACGGGACAGUGUGGUGAAAGUUAAAGGGCAGUGACCUUUAAUGUAAGACUGUGAAAAGGUAGCCAUCAAUGCUGAUGUUUAUCUGUUUUAAAUGACGAAAAAAACAAGCGAGCACGAGCAUUGAAGGGAACCAUUGUGCUGGCUAGAUGCACACUAUUUCAAACUGUGAACUGUUAAGAACAAAACAAAAAAAACAAAAAAAAUAUACAAUUUUAUCUUCAGAAGGAGGCUCCUCUGAUGCUCCACUAUUCAGUUUGCAUUCUCUCUCUCUUUCUCUCUCCCUCUCUUUCUUUUCCUCUCUCUCUCUCUCUGUCUCUCUGUGUUUCUGUCCAUCUCCUCCUUCUCUUUUCUUAAUUGUUCCUUUGUUUCCUCUCUCUCUCUCGUCCUCAAAGACUUGUGUAUAUGUGUAUACUGCUGUGUAUACUGAUGUAAAUGUUUGCGUUCCACUACCACUGUGAUAUGCUUCUAGAGGUAGCGGAGGGAAGACAGAGAGUAUGUAUUUGCGUGGGUGCAAAACUAUUUCUUUCUUUCUUUUCUUUCUUUUUAUUUUUUUUUCUUAAACAGUGAAUGCAAGAGCUCGAGAGUUCUUUUCAAAGGAGUCACUCACUACAAAGAAUGCACUUUCUAUAUCUCUAUAUCUCAUUGGCUGCAUCACAGGGUCUAUGUCUCAUCGGCCUCUUUACCAUUGCUGUUCAAAAUAUCAGGUAAAAGCAUUUGCCGUCUCAUUUUCUAAAGAUUUGUGUACAGUCUACAAAUAUAUUUAAACAUAGAAGAAUAUAUAAAUCUAUUUACGUUUUGUGUCAUAGAUAUAAUGUAAAGUAUGAUGUAUUCUAUGCCAAGGUUUUGCAGUGUCCCCCUCUUCACUCUGUAGAUGCAGGGUGUUUAGCAGUUAAACAACUAGGAGGCAGACAACAACAACAACAACAACAACAACAACCACCACCAUCAUUGACAGCUGAUUGACAGUUUUUAAUGGUUCACAUCACGGCUGAUCCUUCUCCUGGUGAUGUGUUGCAUGAGAAAAGGCCUGGGACUGAUUUGAUUGGACAGGGUAAAACUAUUGUGGAUCAUUUGUGUUCUUUUUUUUAUUUUUUUAUUUUCCCUCUUAUGAUUGCAAGGGUAGAUUAGACUUGUAGCACAUGCAAACUACUGUUGUUGUACCGUUGAAGAAGAAUGACUUUUUAUUCAUAUGUUCAUAAAUUUGAUGUAUUCUUCUUCUUCUUUUUUUUUCAUUAGAUAGUGUUUAAAGACACACACUGUACAAUAACCGAGGGAGGCAUUUUUCUUUUUUCUUUUUUUUGCUGCACAGUUACUUGAUCUAAUGCAGAUCCUCCUUUAGGAGGUUUCAAUUCGAUGUUUUGGUUUACACAGAAAGUCUUGACGCGUGUCCAAAGGCUUCAGCUGAGAGACGACAGUGAAGUUAAAAGCUAAAACGAAAGCUAUUUUGACAUUCCCUCCGAGAAUAUAGUUGACACUGGGCAGUCAAAGACCUCUACACUAAAUGGUUUGUAUAGUCUGUGAAACUCAGAUGAAUCAUUUCAUCUGCAAUAUCAGGCCAAGGACUCAACGGUGCCCCCCAGUGUCGAACACUCUACGAGACAUGCGUAGCACCUGCUGCAUCCAGCACUAUCUGUACUUAUUCUUCAUAUUUUACUGUAAUUCUUUGACUGUAGGUUCAGGGUUUUA